AUGCACGAAGAAAGAGUAGAAGUGAAAAAUGGUACUCAAGUCGUCCCUAAAAGAGAUAGUUUCAAGUAUCUUGGGUCGAUUAUUCAAGGCAACAGAGAGAUUGACGAGGAUGUUACCCAUCGUAUUGAAGCGGGGUGGAUGAGGUGGAGGCUCGCCUCAAGGGUUUUGUAUGAUAAGAGUGUGCCACCUAAACUUAAGGGCAAGUUCUACAGAGUGGUGGUUAGAUCGCCUAUAUUGUGUGGGGUUGAGUGUUGGCCCGUCAAGAAGUCUCAUGUCCAGAAAAUGAUAGUAGCUGAGAUGAGGAUGCUGAGAUGGAUGUGUGGUCAUACCAGGAAGGACAGGAUCAGGAAUGAAGUUAUUAGGAACAAGGUAGGAGUGGCAUCUGUGGAGGACAAAUUGUGGGAGUCGAGGCUAAGAUGGUUGGGUCAUGUGAAGAGGAGACAUAGACACUCCGGUCAGGAGGUGUGA